AUGGGCUACAAAGGUGGACCAACUGUUUCCAUGAAUGAGAAUAUGCAAAAAUGUGAAGUUGCCGAGUACAAAUUAGGGAAAGAACUUUUCUUCUAUAUACCUCUGAUCUACGGUAUUCCUACUGUGUUUCUCUAUGUCAACAUUGCCAUUGUUAUUAUUAUGAAGAGCAGCAAUCCAUUUCUGAGAUUAGCAUUUCUCAGGAUCUAUGCCGUUUAUGCCUUAAUAGUGGUUGUGAUGUGGUUCUUUGAUAUGUCAACCACUCGCUUCCUAGGAAUUGGAUAUUUUUGUAAAGAACUGCUAUUCUCUUGGGGAACUCCGUCCUGGGAGAUUUCCAUUGUGCAGUUUAUAAUGACCUACUCUAGACAUGCACAAUUCUAUGCUGCUACCGUACUCUCUAUCAAUAGAAUGACAGCUGUUUUAGUUCCCGUAGCAUAUAAUGAGAGUUCAGUGACGUUCACAACUUUAUUUGUGGCACUGAUAUGCGCAUUCACUAUUCUUAUAUGUUCUGCAAUCACGUACUUCAAACUCACUUGUAGAAGGAACAGAUUUCGCUGCACUAAAGUGGACAGGGUCUUGCUCGUGGUCGGCUUAACAUCAUCUCUCACGACUUUUACACUCGCAUUGGUUGAGGUGCCGUUGUAUAUCACCAUAAAUUUUGGUACCUUAUCUCGAGACCAUUUUUUCAUUGCUACAUGUAUAAAGCAAUGUGUUAUUGAUCUUACCUUUGUCUUCUCAGCAUGGUCUACUAUCUAUCAAUGCUCAACUAUCAGAUCAACAAUCAUCAAAUUGUACUUUCCAAGUCGCGUCAAAGCACAAGGAAUAUCGCUUGCUACUACUAAUACUACUACUACGAGGCUGCUCACAAAAUAGGCUUCAGCCGACAAGCAAAUGGAUUCUUCUAUGGAUGCAAUUAUAAAUCGCUUCUAAUAAGGAGCUCAUCAGGUCGAAGCCAUAGCUAAAGGAAGCAAAUGGCGAAGUGGAAGGAAUUGUGUCUGCCAUAAUGAUCUCU